GCCAGUGCUCGGUUCCGCCCCAAGCGCUCGGACUCCGGCUCUCGGGCCACGGUCUCCAUCUGGGACCCCCGCUUCUGGGUGGUCGCACGGUGUGGCUGUGACCAGGCUGUGGCGUCCGAAGCAUUCGAUGCGCGGGAGCUGAAGGCUUCAAGGAACCUUGACCUAGGGACUUGUAAAUGGCCCUGGGGGAGGAAAAGGCAGAGGUGGAGGCAUCCACGGACACAACGUGCCCAUCUUGUGGGAGGCGGAGCUGUAGGGAGCAGGAGGUGGAUAUCCCAGGGCCUGUGAGUGGGGAGCAACCGCCACGCCUGGAAGCCGAGGGAGGACCUGCUUCCUCUGUGUGGGGGACAGAAGGGCUACCUGCCCCUGCCUGCUGCACCUCUGGAGCCUGCCAGCCACAGGCCAGCAACAUCAGCAGGGAACCGAUAGCUGGUGUGUCUCAUCCUACUCUCGAUUGCCUGCUUCCUCCUGGCGUGGAGACUGGUGAUCUUCUGCACUCUGUGGGAAGCCUGAUGGAGGAGACCAGGCUUUCUGCCUCAGAGGAGCUACCUCAGACUCUCACUGUUCCCAGAUCCACAGCUCUUUGCUCAGGACAUGAUGCUGAUAUAGAAGAUGACCUAUCCCCAGUUGAGUCACCGCGGGUGCUGGACCUCAGCCAACAGCCUCACAUCUCAGGUUUCCCUUUCUCCUCGAAGUGGAGGUCCACCGUGAGCCCAGGUGCUACUGCUCCUCAGUUUUCCAGCUGCAGCGUCUCUGCCUCAUCCCCGGGCAGCAGUCUCCAGGGUCAUCAAGAGAAGGCGGAGCCUCAGAGUUGCUCCCUUGCCAAGGUCUCCUCCUCCUUAGAGCUGGCCGUCCCCCAGUUGGCCCCCUCUGUGGUGGUGCCAGGGCCUCGGCUCCAGUGGUCUCCACAGCCUGUGUCUUCUGGGGGUGAUGCGCCUGGGCUGGGCAGGAGGCGCCUCUCCUUCCAAGCCGAGUAUUGGGCCUGCGUGCUGCCGAAUUCCCUGCCCCCUUCCCCCGACCGCCACUCCCCACUCUGGAACCCAAACAAAGAGUAUGAAGACCUGCUGGACUACACUUAUCCCCUUAGGCCCAGGUCUCAGCUCUUAAAGCAGCUUGACAGUCAUGUGCUGGCUGAUCCUGUCCUACAGGACUCGGGUGUAGACCUGGAUAGCUUUUCUAUCUCCCCAGCAAGUACCCUAAAGUCACCCACUAAUGUCUCCCACAGUUGCCCACUAGUGGAGGCCACUGCCCUGCCAUUCUCUGGGUCCAGAGAGCCAAACCUUAAGCAGUGUCACUCUAAAGUGCCCCAGAAGCGAGGCGGCGUGGGGUUGGCAUCUCAUAACCACCUCGCAUCUACCCCCAAGGCCGCAGGCAGUAAGGAUGCUCCUUGGGAGAGCAGAGAGCCAGUCCUGAGAUGUAUGAAGGACUGGCGACCUGUAGGCAAGCACCUCAAGGUGGGCUCUCCCCAGCAGAGGACAUGUGACAGAGGGUGGCCCUCAUCCAGGUCUGAAAGAGAGAAGAGGGCCAGCCAGGGUAUUCUGCGCCCUCCCUGCACGGAGCCUGGGUGGAGACCAGAAGAGGAGUUGGAAAGUGACGACGAGUAUCUUGCCUUGCCUCCUCGGCUGACACAGGUUUCUAGCUUGGUUUCGUGUCUAGGUUCCAGUCCAACCUUUGUGACCCUGCCCACUGGGGCUGCAGAAGGGCAGAGCUCCAUGGAUGUGUCAGACAGUGAUGGGCCCGCUUCCUUCCCAUCGGACUCCAGCCAAAGCCAGCUUCCCUCUGGGGUUGCCCUCAGAGGGUCCGGGGGCUCUGAGGGCCAGAACCACUCUUUGCUGCGCUCCUUCAUUCAUGCAAGGGACUCCGCAGGGGACGGGAGUCUGGUGAGCAGCCAGGCACUGGGCCUCUGCUCUGGACCACUAAGAACACGCUCCUCCUUGCCUGCUAUGUUGGACCAGCAGGCAUUCUCAGACCCAGAUGCUAAAGGGCAGCCUCCCCGAAGAGGAGGAGAGCAGGAGAAAGAAUCACUCAUGCAGUGUGUGAAGACAUUUUGCUGUCAGCUAGAAGAGCUGAUCCGCUGGCUAUAUAAUGUAGCAGACGUUACCAACCACUUGACUCCACCCAAGUCUGACCUUACAGGUCUCAAGUCUUCUCUGCAGCUUUACCGGCAAUUUAAGAAAGAUAUGGAUGAACACCAGUCCCUGACGGAGAGUGUCUUACAGAAAGGGGAGAUUCUUCUUCAAUGCCUACUGGAGAACACCCCAGUGUUAAAGGAUGUCCUUGGGAGGAUCUCGAAGCAGCCCAGCGAGCUGGAGAGCCAAGCAGAUCACCUGUAUGACACUAUCUUAGCCUCUCUGGACAUGCUGGCUGGCUGCACCCUCAUCCCUGACAACACACCACUGGCAGCACAUAGGAGUGCUGAUGUGACUGGGAUUAGCCUGGCAUCUUCUCAGGCAGAGAUGUAAUCUGUCAAAACCUGGCUGGUGGGAAACUUUCAGGAAGUCCUUGUAAGAGCCAUUUAACAUUGAUAUUAAGGGGUAAACUAUAAUGUACUAGCUUUCAAAUGCCUUUCACUUCUUCUCUGAAGUUAAGGGCUAUUGAGUUACUAUUAUUUAAAAUGAGCCCUUCCAAACUAAGGUUUUCCUUUUGGUGCUUCUCCACAAAGAGCAUAUGGCUUUGCAGUUUUUCAUAAAAUGCUAAUAAGGCUCAUAGGUCUUUCCUCCCACUCUGUUCCGUUAAAAAGAGCAGAUAGAGCUCCUAAACUAGUCCACCUGCUAAGAUAUUUAAAGAAGGCUGGUAUGAGAAAAAAUACCAAAUACUUGGUACUUACUCCCAGGCAUACAGGAGGACCCAAGAGUAAAUGCUUGGCCAGGAACGUGGGUCUUAUUAAUAAAGUGAAGCUUAGGGCUUCAGUCUCCAUCAGCCCACCUAACUAAUAUCGUAAAGGAAAAUGUACCAGGCACUUCAGGAACUACCAUUGAACUUAAGCAGGGCUAGGGAACUAAUCCACCUUAAGGGUACUUCUAGGAGGAUGCAUGCUGUCCUUUCCUACUCUCCUGUGGAAGAGGAGGUCAGGCGAGGGAAGGGCAUGGAUAAUUACAGAAAGUAAGGCUUUCUAUAGUGAAGGAUAAAAGGGAAUUCUUUGUUGCUUGAGAGUCAACGUAUAAAUACCUUGAUAGAAAUAAAUUCAGGAUAAACUAUUUAAAGCAUCAAUUCUGUAUCUUUUUAAAGCAAAAUUAUCAGCUAUUACUGGUAACCACAGAUUCUACAAGCAGCACUUAAAAAAAAAGUUCUACUGGGCCAUGAAGGAAUGUGUAGGAAAGCACAUUUUCUCUCAUGUUUUGAGUACUGCAGUGGGCUAAGACUUAAGGAAAAGGUUCUUACUUCACUUAAAUACAUGUGAGGUAAGCACUUAAAGGUCUUUUUUCAAACUCCUUCCACAUUCUCACUUGAGGAAGGUGCUUAAGAAAGGAAGAUCUUUUAAGUUUAUAAAAAAAAAUGAACAAGUCAUCUUGAACCCAAAAGUGAUGUUGGAACAGUAUAAUCAGACUUAUAAUAUCCCCUCAGAACAAAAUAUUUAUUCAAAAUUAUCCUCUUUAAAGGAAAUUAAGAACUUUCAUUUGGGGGCUGAGCCAUAUAAUCUCAUCCACCUCAAUAUGAACUAAAGUCUUAAUUAUUAAAUGUAACUUUUCUGCCUUCUCAGACUUUAUAGUCAUUGGAAACUAAAUGGUUAAAUUCUAAAGAUUAUAAAAUUCAAUAGUAGCUACAUAAAAUUCAGUAUUUCAAGUGCCUGCUGCUACUGUGGUAUGAUUUACCAUAAUGUUCAAAGGCAUGAUCAGAGUUAUUAAACCAUGUAUUAUUCUCCCUGUAUUAUGAUUCUCUGUAUUAAUCUUGGUUCCAUAGACUUUAAAAGACAAAACACCUCCCUAGCAAAUAAUUAUAUAUGUAAAAUAGUCAUAAAAGCCUAGAAUUGAUUAAAAAGGCAGAUAUGUCUAAUGACCUGUUUUUAAAAUUUGAUAUGUUUUACCUUCUCUUUGAUAUGGUUUUAAAUUGCUACAUGUCUUUCCACUGACUCUGUUACACUGGAUAGCCCUUAGGAGUUAAACCCAUUUAUUUACUAGUAUUCGAUAGUCAUGAAAAUAAGUCUCUAGCAAAAAAAAUUGAAGGUGACAACGCUAUAGAAAUAAACUGGCCAAUGUUAUAGUAAUUGAAUGCUGAAUAUGCCAUUCUAUUCCCAUUCAGCCUAUUUAUAAUCAGCUUUGACUGACAGGAAUUUACACAGGGUAUUUUAUUUCAGAGUACCCUGUUUCCCAAGAAAGUACUACUUCACCUUGAGAUGAUCUAGGUGAUUUUGUUUAUCUCCUUUGAAAUAAGGUACAACCGAUUGAAGGGUGCUUACUCUGGACCUCGCUGUGAAUACCACUGAAGAAUAGCAACACAACUGCUAAUUAUACCUUCAGCAGUGCUAUAAAAAGUUGAAGGCCUCCCUUAAAACUGAAGCUAAAUUUGUUUUAGCUUAGGAAGUUGCUGCCAGCAGCAUUUCCAUCAGCAGACAUGGCCUGGUUAGAUUCAGGUGCCUGGCUGGCCAGUGUGUAGUGGUACAUAUUAGCCUUAAGGACAAUGGUGGCCUACAGUGACAUAAGGGUUGUUAUGAAAUCCCAAGUUUACCUGUAGUAAAAUUCCCUAGUAGUCCCUUUAAAUUAGAAUUUAAGUCCACAGGGAAGUGGCAGCACUAAGUUGUAUUGGUAGUUUGAAGACCUGGGUUCCUGCUGCAGCUCCAUGACUAAGUUCAUCUGCAAAUAGGAGAUAAUGUCAGUAUAGGAUUGUUUUGAAGUUUUAAUGGGAAGAUAAAGAAGGGUUGGUGUAAUGGCAUCUUGUUUGUAUGUUAAAGGAAGUUUCAGUCCAAGGUCAAAGAACAGGAAGUUAUUGCUCAGACUGGAAUGACUUAUUCUGCAGGCAUAUCCCAGAGAGAACACUGCUUACUUUUAGAAGUCUUAACUUAUUAGUAAGCUAAUUCACAGCAGCCCCUUAGAUUUAUAAUGUGAUGAGCGAUAAUUCCCUUUAUUCACUUAAAGCCCAUAGUAGCUUGAAAUGUGUGUACUUGAAAAUGGGGGUAUAUUGGCAUAUUCAUAAAAGCAAAUAGUGGAGCAUGCUGAAACAUCUUGUGGUAAGCCCGUCUUUACUGCAAUGGGAGAACACCACUAGCAUUUUCAAAGCUAAGUAAUGUAAAUAUACUUACAUCUUAAAUUCACAUCAUGUUUUAUGCUAACUCAUCAAGAAUAAGCUGACAGUGUGAACAACUUGCUAUAUAAAACUGAAGUGUGUGGCAUCACAUCUAACAUUUGUAUCAUUUAUCUACUUUAGAAAAUAGUUUCUGAAGUCUUUCCCCCUUUAUACUAUAAGGCAAAAAAACAGAUCUUUUGAAGCAUUUUUUAAAAUCUUCACCCAAAUAACUAUUCGAUAACUUUAAUUUUUCAGUUGCCUUAUGAGAGGAUGAAUAGAUCCAACAAGCACAUCUAUAAUACAAAGUAAACUAUGAUUUUAUUGUGAAAUUCUCAUAGAUGGAAAAUUAAAUUGAAUAUUCUGUCCAUUUCAUUUUACAAUAAUCUUACGACUUAUUUUUGUACCAUGUAUUUAAAUUGCCUGUUUAGUGAAAAUAAAGAAACCUAUAAUUUU